AUGGCCAAUUCAAACUCCAUUUUGCAAGUCUACGGUGGUGCUAUAGUGCUAGAUCCAGGUUCUCAAUCAACAAAAGUCGGUUACGCAGGUGAAGAUUAUCCUAGAAUAAUCACUCCUUCCUAUGCCAGAUUCGAUACUCAAACUGAAGAUGCUGUUGCUGCUAAGAAAAACAUUGAUGCGGAUGGUGAUAUAGAUUUGGAAAAUAAUAAUAAUACUAAUGAUGAUGAUAAUAAUAAUAAUAAUGAUAAUGAUGAUGAUACUUCUUUUAAACCAAAUAUUCCCAAGAAAAGAUCUUAUACAUAUUAUUCAGAAAAUUCAAUAAACUUCCCAAAACCUCAUUCUGAAAUAAAACCAAUAUUAGAAGAUGGAAUAAUAUCUGAUUGGGAUACCGCUGUGGAACAAUGGAAUUAUCUUUUUGAAUCAUUAAAUGUUGAUUAUAAACAACAACCUUUAUUAUUAACUGAACCUGUAUGGAAUACAGCUGAAAAUAGAACAAAAUCAUUAGAAAUUGCUUUAGAACAAUUUGAAUUUCCAGGUUUUUAUUUAGCUUCUACUCCAACUUGUGUUUCAUUUGCCCUUGGUAGACCUUCUGCUCUUGUUGUUGAUAUAGGACAUGAUAUAACAAGUGUAACACCGGUGGUUGAUGGUAUGUGUUUAACCAAAACAACUUUGAAAACUCAUUAUGGUGGUAGAUAUCUUUCAACUCAAUUACAACAUAGUCUUCAUUCAGUUAAUGAAGAUAUUAUACCAUUAUAUAAAGUUAAAUCUAAAGUUUUAACAAAACAAAAUGAAUCACCAAAUUGGGUACCAAAACAAUUUGAAAAUAUUACAAAAUCUUUUGAAGAAUAUCAAAUUGAAAAUUUAUAUAAACAAAUUAAAGAAUCUAUAAUUAAAGUACCUAUAGAUCCAAUUGAUCAUAAGGCAAAUUAUGAAAAUGAAGAUGAAUUAUUCCCUAAAAGACCUUAUGAAUUACCAAAUGGUCAUACUUUUGAAUAUGGUAAAAAAAGAUUUGAAAUUGGUGAUUCAUUAUUUGAACCAAAAAAUUAUUUAUUAGAUGAAUUCCCUGCUGAAAGUGGUGAACCAGAAAUUAAUUCUAAAAUUGAUUAUGUCCCAUUGAAAAGAGCUAAAAAACCAACUGAAGAAGAAGAAGAAGAAUCAACUAAAACUACAGGUAGUAAAAGACAAAAAAAAGAAAUUCCAAAAUAUAGAGGUCUUGGUGACUUAACUGCUCAUGCAUUAUCAUUAGUUGAUGUUGAUUUAAGAGCCCAAUUAGCACAUAACAUUAUAGUUACAGGUUCAUCAUCUUUAAUACCUGGUUUAAAUGAUAGAUUAAUGUCUGAAUUACAAAAAGCUCAUCCUGGAUUAAAAAUCAGAAUUCAUGCUUCUGGUAAUACAGCAGAAAGAAAAUUCCAAUCUUGGAUUGGUGGUUCUGUUUUAUCAAGUUUAGGUACUUUCCAUCAAUUAUGGGUUAGUAAAAAAGAAUUUGAAGAAGUUGGUGCUGAAAAAUUAUUAACUGAAAGAUUUAGAUGA